UUCGCUUGCAGAUCCCACAUGACUGCCAGUGCUCAUAAAAAGCAAGUUCUGAAGGAUGCAUCUCCCAUCUUCACUACCUUCACAAGACUGCGUCUUUCUCCCUUUUCUUCUCUAUUUUUCUGUUCUUCCUGCUCGACCAACUUGAAGUUCCCCAUCAUGCGUUUCCAAUUUACGCUUGCCAUCUUGAUUGCGUCGGUAUCCGCUCGCCCAAUUCUUGUCGACCGGGGCAUAUUUGACAAAACCUCCGUAAUCUCCUCUACGAAGCAUAUCAAUGCACCCGUAGAGACCGUCAUUGCAACCUUGCAUGACUUUCCGACCAUGAUCAACCUCAACCCACUGGUCACCUCCUCUGUCCAAGACCCAGCUAACCCAAACAAGUUCACUAUCACGGAUAAACUACCACUAUUUUUGGGUCUCAGCAUUCCCACGACCUAUGUUGCUACAUUCAAGACGGUGGAAAAUGGCAUGGACACAGACAACAGCGCCCAAGCCGGUGUCUCGCUUCACAACGAGUGGAGGGCUGUAGCAAACAAGAAUGGUGGUACCGAUUUAACGGAAACUGAUACCUUGACCACCAACUUCCUUCUGUCGGGUAUCGUGACCAAAGAGCUCACGGAAUCGCACAACAAGCUGAUGGAUACACUUGCAGCCAAGCUGGAGGCUAAAAAGGCAUAA